AAAUACUUUUUGCCCCACUGUACAUCAGUCAGGCACUAGUGGUUCUCUCUCAUUGACAUGUGUUGGGUACAUCUAUCGUAGGAUGUUAGGGGUGUCAACAUGAGAGGAUUAUUGGGGGGGGGGGGGUCACCAUGUUUUUUCACACUGUCUCAUCUUUGCACUGCCAGCCACAUUACGUCAGCAUAAUGUUCUCAUAACUCUGCAGUGACACUAUGUUCACUGGUUUGACCUUCUGAGGCACACAUCCCAUCCCUCACACAUACUCCCUGGCUCCUUGAUUGCCAGAUGGUGUACUCAUGGUUAUAGAUGCUAAUUAUCCUGAUGUACGGGAAUAUGACACUGUCGUUAGAACUGGUUUGGCCAGGCAGGGCUGGGAACAGCAACUAAUCCAGACACCAACACCAUAUCCAUAUCAUCAUGUGAAAACCUGGGAAGGAGAGAGAAGGGAGGGGAGAGAAAUGCAGUCAGAUGAAACUCAACUCUGUCAUAGUGUAAGGAUGAGUACAGACAGAGAUGGGGAGGGAGGAGAGAGCAGGAGAGCUCUCAAAGUCACAUUCACAUUGCAGAUAAACACACACCCUCAUUUAUUCAGGUGUAGAUGUCAGAUAUAACAGGAGUGAAAUAUGUUCACAUUUAACAGCGAACAUCCUCACUCUAAAUUCUGUGAUUUGAAGCUAUGCAGUGUAACUCAAGGGAGUGGUUGACGAACGUAUAGUUUUUUUUAUUACCAGGACAUUGUCACAUACCAUAGAUCAAUGUUAGAACAUGUCAUAUCUAUUUCUACAUCCAGGAUGUUUAUAAAUACAAGGUAGUGCGUAGAGGCUGGCGUGUCCCUGGCGCUCUGUUACAGAACCCCCCUCCAACCUGCACUGCAGAACUUUCUCUGAUCUCCACAAGCACUAUGGCAAAAGUGCCUGCGUCUGCAUUCAUAGUCAGGAGAGGGGAGGGGAGGGGGAGAGAGAGAGGGAGGCAGAUGGGGAGGGGGGUAAAGAGGAGGAGAAGGCUACGAAAGAGAGAGAGUGUGGGGGAGGGAGAGAGAGAAAGAGAGAGGGACAGGCAGGCACUGAGCCAAGAGAGAGAGUGCAGGGGAAAGUUGAGAGCGAGCCAGAGGGGCAGGCUUGCAGGCAAAGGGAAGAAGAAACUGGGGCUCUGCUAUCCAGGAAGAAGAGAAAGGACCGUCCGAACCAGCAGCCACCAGCCACCAGGGUUACUGCAGCAGCACUCCUCCUGUCCAUUCUCUACCUUGUUCUCUCUUCGCUCUCUUCUCUCUCUCCCCCCUCUUUCUCUCUCUCUUUUUCUCUUCUCUCUCUUCUCCCUCUCCUUUCUCUUCUCUCUCUCUCUUCCCCCCACCCCCCCCCUCUCUCUCUGACUGGGACUGCAUCGUGCCUUUCUCUGCAGAGGAAUCGCUGGCUGGUGGAAUCUCCUUGACUGCACCCUGACUGGCUGUGCGCAGUGAUUCUCCCCUGGCUCAGCUCCUCUGCUCUGCCGUGUGUUCUGACUCAGCUGUGCUGUGUAGUCAGGCUGCUGGUCUGGCUUCUCAGGGAACACAGCCACAGGAAGAGUCUUCAUGACAGGAGUUUCGGGGUUGGCAGGCAGACACACCGCUACCAGGACUGGAUAACAACACAGUGGGACGUGGUGCCUCGGUUGUGACCAGAUCAGUCGCCCAGGCACAACAAACAACCAGAUCAGGGGGAUUCAGAUUUACACAGACCUGACCAGUUUCUGAGGGGAUAACUCCAGCCCAACGGACCCUGGGCUGGAUCCCACAGCAGGGGGUGUUUUGGACGGGAUCGGAGUGCCAUGGAGGUUCAGGGGAGUGGGCCUGAGGAGCCCAGGUCCAAGUAUCUGUUGUCCUCACACACCACCUGGCCCCGGACCAGCCUGAUCAUCACUUUGCUGCUCAGUGUGUGGUCUGCUCAGGGCCUGGAGAUGUCCACAGGGAAGGUCCCGUUCCUGGAGGCAUUGAACGGCAGUACUGUGAUUCUACCUUGCACCUACGCCAGUUGUAUCGGCAUCAAAAACCUCUACUUCAACUGGCAGUACAACGACAACGGCACUAUGCAGAAGGUGUGUGAGUCUGUGAUUCCGUUAGACGGGAUGGAUCCCCAUCCAGUGAGUAUCUUCCGGGAGCGGGUGGAUUUUAUCGGCACCGGUGAUCACAACAACAUCUCCAUCCUGCUUUGGAACAUCACCUUUGAGGACGAGGGCCAGUACACCUGCUUCGGACGCAACCCCAAAGAGAAGGGCAAGAACCACAGCGCUAUCUUUACCCUUGUCGUGGUGGACGAGUUACGAGUGGUGGACAACACUCUCACCAUCAUAAUUGCUUCUGCAGUGGGCGGAGCCAUCGCCCUGCUGAUGACUUUCAUGCUGGUGAAGAACUUCAUCCUCUUCGUUCUCUUCAAAAUCGAGGAGAAGAAAAAGAUCGAGUGCCUUGUACAAUCUUCCUCGGCAGAUGAAACAAACAAUGUCUCAGGAUCCAAAACUUCGAAACCAACAACACCAAAGAAAAAAUGAGAGUACUUGCAUGUAUGUACAACCAUAUAUAAAUAUACAGUUAUAUCUGUGCAUAUAUUUAUAUGCACAAACGUGUAUGCACUCGUGACUCCAUGGGCAGGUUUCUUGGGCAGGUUUCUUGGGCAGGUUUUUUGGACUGAGAAGCACGUCUGAUGGAGAUUCUUCAUUGAAAGUGUUUGUUAGUCCAAUAAGCUUAGGCUGUGUCUGGGAAACCACCCCCAUAUGUUCAAGUUGGUAUAUUGUUUCAAAAAAAAUCUUAAACCUAGGACCGUUUUUCAUAUGAUAAUAAAAAACAAAAAAAGAGAUUAAUUGAAUAUACGCUUGAGACAGGGAAUAACGCGAUGUAAUAAUGUUGUUUAAACUGUGCUGGAUCCUCCUCUCUUCACCAACCGUACUACUUUGGGCUUAACUGAAACAACAAAUUAAAAUAUUGUGUUUUGUAGAAACACACAUUCUAAUUCAAUCUCCAGUGACAUUUUGUCACGUCAGAUUCAGCUUAUUCAGUAAUGCUCUGAUUCACAUAGAGUUGAGUUUAGUGUUGUUUAGAUAGAACACAAUGAUAUUAACUCUGCCUAUCCAAAAGUGAUUAAUUAAGCUUAUUUUAUAAUAUUUAGAAACUAAAGGUCUUUAAAAGGGUGAUGCUGUGGUGAGAUGUGAGAAAGGAUCCAGUUCAGAACUUAACACUUUCUUUGCUUGAUAUAAAACACUGGUGCCUGUUAGCGCUUCUAUCUUCCUCUGCUGUUAGGAAGACUAAAUACUGCAAAACCAUUUACCAAACGCAGAAAAACGCAAGUGAAUAAUACUGCAAGCUGAUGAAUGAAAUUGUAGACAAUCCCUUGAAACCAACCCACUAGAAAAAAAUGAACCUCUACUAAUGCUGCUUUUAAGACAAAUAACCUUUUUAAUGCAUUUAUAAGCAUGUGAAACCCCAGGGCAGAUUUAGAGACACAAUGCUUGACAAUAGACAUGUACUCUCUCUUGUGUUCCUUUUUGGAAUCCAAGAUUUAACCACAUAUAAUGUGGUAAGUUCUGUCUGCUUUGAAACUGGAUCUAAAUCUCCUCAUAUCAUGCCAACCCCUGCUACAUCCAGUGUGCCAAGGCUAUGCACACUAUUUGGUAAAGUGGGUCUUCUGGCAUGAACAUUAACCCCCCCCCCAACAGAAAUAUCCGCCACAUUUCUUAUAGUAAGUAAUUUACAAAUGGAUCUCUUUGCUGUACAGAGCACAUUCACACACAUUCAUGUUUUAACACACUGCAAUAAGUACCCAGCAGAAUUUAUGAUGGUUCAUUCAUGGCUCAUGAUUCAACACAAAUUCACCAUCUGCAAAAAAAGAGAUAUCGAUCAACUACAGUCAUUACGGAAACCUCCACUAACUACACCAUAAAGAGAUGCAUGGAGCAGCAUUUAGGUUGCAGGUAGCGUGAAAGACUGGAACCGAUCUUUACUGGACAGUGUAGAAUAGACACACAACUAAUAUCUCAUAUUCAGCCCAUUUAUUUUGCCAAACUGGGAUAACCCCGAGAAACCCAUGUCUGAUCAGGAAUGGACUGGGAUAACCCUGAGAAACCCAUGUCUGAUCAGGAAUGGACUGGGAUAACCCCGAGAAACCCAUGUCUGAUCAGGAAUGGACUGGG